GUCGAGUCUCUGUAGUGAGCGGUGCUGUGCUCGGAUAUCGCGUUGGUGGCGAGUGGUCCCUCUGUAUCUGGUUCGGCGAGUUUUCAGAUAGAUUGCGUGGCGAGUUGAGACAGCCGAGAUGGUGCUGCUGAGGAAGUGCUGUUGCUGUUGCCUCGGCCUACGAGCUGGGUCUCUGGCCAUCGGGAUCAUUUCUCUGCUGGCCGUCGGCGUUGUGGAGUUCGUGGUGGCCAUCUACUGCCUCCUGAACAUCGCAGAGACGAAGAAAAGAAUUAAGUUCGAAAAUGCUGUUACGUUCGGUAUCGUCGACCCUGAUUCGGAUGCGGCCGCCUAUAUUUUCCUGUCGAUCCUGCUGCUCGUCGCUACAAUUUACAUCAUCGUGUCUCUGAUGCUGAUUCAUGGCGCCAGAACGAAACGGCGGUUCCUCCUCCUGCCGUGGGUGUUCUUCACCUUCCUCAACAUGAUCAUGGCGUUCUCCGGCGGCAUCCUCGUGCUCAUCAACUCCCACGGCUACGCGGCCAACAUCAUCGUCGGUUUCAUCGUCUUAGCCAUCUCCAUGACGUGGAUUUACUUCUCGUGCGUCGUCUUCAGCUUCUUCCAGGCUCUUCAAGAUGGCGAAUAUUGGUGAUGACGUCAUGGAAGGAAGAGGAGGCGAGGGUGUUUGAACUAGAUGGCGUUGUUUUUACUUCUAUUUCUUCUUCGUCUUUGAUUUUGGCUCUUUUUUUUUUAAUUAUGAGGAGGAUUAUUAUUUUGAAUCGUGUGGAAUUGAAAUUUUCUUGAACGUUUUUUUUUUUUUUUUCUCUCUCUCUCUCUCUCUCUCUCUCUCUCUCUCUCUCUCUCUCUCUCUCUCUCUCUCUCUCUCUCUCUCUCUCUCUCUCUCUCACUCCCUUUCGUUCGUCAGAGAGAUAUUUUUCUUUUCUGCUCUUUUAAUCUUUCUCUUCCAUUUUUUUUGCCUCUAUAAGUAAAGGUACCGUGUAAGACUUUCAUUCAUUGACAUAAAGACAUCACUUAUGGAAUGUAUAGUUAUAGUCAGAUUCAUAUCCACCUUUGUUGAAUGUGUUGGAAAAAAAAAUAUAUAUAUUAUCCACAGUUAUAUCGGGCGUGAGAGGAAGCGAAGAGAAAUGUUAUCUUCUUCUUUCAGAAUUUCGAAAUAUAUUGAUCUCUCGAAUGGUUAGGUAUAAGAUAGCAGGUAUAAAUUCUCCAGGACCUUGUAGUUCAUUCGAGACGUCACUUGGAGUCACAGUCCUAAUCAUGAUGGAUUUUUAAUGUAUAAUUUCGCAAUGAACUGGUUUAAGCAACAUGUGUAUUGGGUGAAAAAAUAAUAAUUUGCAGUGUGCAAAAUCCUGGUCUAUUUGCCAAAACAAAAGCACUGAGGAAGUUGACUGUGCGAUGUAUGUGCCAAAAUAUUGUCGUUGUAAAAUAAUAAACCAGUUUAUUGUUAAAAACGAAUUGAAGAAAAAAAAAAAUCUCAUGUUAUUGUUGUGUAAUUUUAAAAGAAACACUAUUCUGCAGGAAAGUGCAGUGGCCUUCUUAGUAUAUACUAAAUAUUUUUUUACAAAUGCAGUUUAGCAACAAAUCUUCUCGAGUUUAAUUUUCAAUCAUUUCAGUAAACAACAUGAAGAUGUAUUUAAAAUAUAUCAUUUAUGAAUAUAGUUGAUAUUUCUUUCAUAUGAAGAGCGAUUAAUUGAUAUAUAAGGAUAAUUUUUUGUGAAAAUUGACUUGUGGACCAGGCAUUUACAUGAGACGAUUUUCGCGUGUUGAAAGAUUUAAAUGAUAUUAAUCCUAUCCGUUCAUUAAUAAAAAGUCCGUGUCUGCUUAUGUGUUGUUAACAUUUUGUGUUUGUAAUAACGUCAUUAAUUCUGAUGUAAUUAUUAGAUCAGAGUGCAAUAAUACGUAAAUCAGCCCGAUAAAGUAUCAUCAUAUAUUUCUCCAUUAUACAUCUAGUCUCAUAAAGAUAACUGAUCCACAAGCGGUUUCUAAGCAUCCACAUGCUUUCGAUGCACUAAUAAUUCAGAAAUUUAUAUAUAUAUAAUAUAUUUCUCAUACCUCAGUAUAUGUAAGCACGUCGUGUAUACUGAAGAGAAGCAUAGUCGUUGGUGGCUGCUAAAUAGUGCCUUUUCCUGGUACUAAAUGUCUUCGUUAUAGAUUCAUCUUCGUUUCAUGUCGGAUAUUUUUUUUUUCUUCUGUCUAACUCAUCCUAGUGGAAAUUUGUUUGUUUUGUUUGUUACUUCAACGUUAUUUAUUUCCGGGAAGAAAAAUAAAUCCCAUUUCAUCAC